CAGCUGCAGGCCUAGCGUCAUUUGCCCCUCCGUUCCGCGAUUUCUAAUCUGGACCAGACUUAUCAAAAUUCAGUCUCGCCAUCUCUUAUUAUUUUCUGCGCAUCAGCAACAACAAUUGCAUUGAGCCCUCCAAACAGCUGAGCCAAUAUGUCGCCAUCCAUCCUGAUGGACACGUCUGAUGACUUCGUCAUGCCGGCACCCAAGAUGUCUCAACCCUCCAAACGAACGCUCCUACUGUCCCCACCAUCCCUGUCCUCCCAUCAAGAGAAAUUGACCAAUGUCUUGGAAAUGCACAAUCGAGCCUUCACAGACUUGCAAAUGCUCGAUAGACUCUCAGUCGGCCUUGUCUCACUUCCUCAAUCCACCUACGAUGUCGUUAUCGUCCUUUCCGACGCAGAUGGCUCUCGCCGCGAAAGUCAAAGUCUACUGGGUCGCGACAUCCUAGGUUUGCUCGUCAAGUCACUGAAAAACGGAGGCCAAUUACGAAGUCAAGAUGGACAAAUUGGGAGUGUUGAGGGUGUCGAAAAGAGCGAGGCCAUUCUAGCUGGACUAUCUUUCCAACCCGGAGUAGGAUUUGUCAAGCCGGACUAUAGUGCGCAGGAAUCAGUGCCCUUGAGGUUCGGCAAGAAGAAGACUGCACAAGCCGCUGGCGGGCUUACUGGAUCUGACGGCUCUGUGUCGCUCCCCUUGAACGGGAAACGGAAGAGUGUAGAUGCCACACCUGCAGGCGUAGGAUUUGAUGAUGGGAUGGAUGACUCGGACGCGGAGUUGAUCGAUGAGGAUACACUGUUAGACGAAGAUGACCUCAAGAGACCCAUUAAGAUUCCGACCGAAUGCAAACCCAAGGCCAAACGACGCCGAGCCUGCAAAGACUGUACCUGCGGACUGGCGCAGAAGCUGGAGGCCGACGACAAAGCGAAAAGAGAAAACGCCGACCAAGCAUUAAACACUAUGAAAUUACAGGCGGACGAUCUUGCUGAAGUCGAUUUUACCGUUGAAGGAAAGGUUGGAAGCUGCGGCAAUUGCAGUCUAGGAGAUGCUUUCCGAUGCGACGGAUGCCCAUAUAUUGGUCUUCCUGCUUUCAAGCCUGGGGAGGAGGUUAUGCUGCUGAACAAUGACAUUCAGCUGUAGAAAGUACUUUUAGAAAAAAGAGCAUGGCGACGGUGUUUGGGUGGCUUGGGUUGGAUUUUCAAGGCGUGUCAACAACACGAGACUAAAGGCAUGAUGGAAUUGAAGCAAUGACGGGGCGAGAAUGGAGAAACCUCAUAUCACCAAUAAAUAUUUUGAGCACACCCUUUGCCAGAUAACUCUUCUACGCGAAUAAAAAGUGCUGCGACCUCGGAAAAAUGCCGUGGUGUUUGACCAGCUGGCGAAUCGUUGGACCCCUAAGAUAAGCGGCGGAA